AUGCACCCCACUGAACGGAGCUUUCUUUGCGCAGUGGGGCUUUUAUCUGCCGUGGCAGUUCAAGACGCGGCUACUCAGAACACAAUUAAUGUAGCAUGUGAAAGGCGAAAUGCGACGCUCAGGGUGAACGAAAUGAGCUCAUCAUAUCAGUGUUCAGAUGUCGAGAAUUGGACCCCGCAGCCAAUCAAUGCAGGCGACGUUAUGGUUAGUGUGGCAGCAGAUAUACUGACGAUGGAGCUGCAGAGCUCUUCAGCAGCAACACUAAACUUUGUCGCCAUUAACGGAAUCUCAACAUUGGCCUCGGCUCACACCGACUCGUUGAAUUUUGCAAGCUUUCACAAUCUUAAGAGCUUGACUUUCCAAGGUGUCGAAUUUGAACCAUCAAGCGUCAAAUUGGUCGUACCCAAUACCGUUACCGAUAUUCAUUUAAUUGGGGCGGCGCUGAAGGACCUAUCACUGCCAAAUCACUCCGAUGGUCUGGUGAAAAUUGAAUUAAACGAUACGUCGAUAAGUCAUUUUCCAAAGUUCUUAUAUGAACGAAGGCUGAAUCCUAAUAUGAAUAUUGUUGUGGACUUAUCAACUGUCACUACAACAACCGUUUUGAAUGCAAGAGAGUCCGUAAAUCUAAAUGCAAACGCGAAGACAUUAUCAUCACAGGACUGGGCUAGACAACUAACAUCGUCUUGCUCGACGCAGAGCCUUUUCAACUCAAUUCGAGUUACUCGAAAAAAUGGCACGACGGUAUUUUUAUGCACGCCACAGUACUCGUCCGCGACUGAUGACGUUGUGCUGGAAGAUGUAUAUUCCGCACCAUCUGGCAUAAAUGACUCUGACACUUCGAGCUCUAGUUCAGAUGAUGCCAGCAGCGGUAUUUCGACGGGAGCAUUGAUUGCAAUUAUCGCUACGGUCUUUGUCUUUGUUGUGAUUUUGGCAUUCAUUUGUUUGCGCAUGUACUUUAAGCGCAAUGUUGAGAAUGCAAACGCUCAUGGCAACGAAGCGACAGCAACGCUAAUGAGCAAGGGCGAUACGGCUACUGAGAAAGGCUCAUUUUUAUCGAAUGAUGAAUUGCUGCGAAACUUUUGGCUGCCUCAGAGUGAUGUUGCACUCGUAAAAUCUCAGGGUAACGGCCGCUUAUACGCUGGCGAAUAUAAUGGUAGUAAGGUCAUGAUAAAGCGCAUAGAGUCCGAGGUGACAGACUCGCGCGUAACAAAGGCGCUGAUGGCCCAAGCACGAACAUUUGCGACGAUAGCACACCCCAACAUUUCGAAUCUCGUGGGCGUCACAUGGCUGGCUGGCACUGAUUUUGCAGUUGUCACUGAGUUUAUGGAUAUGGGCACCUUGAAAGCUGUGCUUGCAAAUGUGACCGUCAACCUAGACAUGACUACCAAGUUAAAUAUGUGCUAUGAUAUUGCUACGGCUCUAGCAUACUUGCACGAAUCAGCUCAGAACUUUUGUGUGAAGAGGCUUUCGAGCCGGAAGGUACUCGUAAACAAGGCAUAUAAGUGCAAACUAAACUUGUACGAUUGUGUACAUAGCUCUGCCAAAUUCGGAGGCCCAAACGCGGCAGCCACGUACUCGUAUGGUAUGGGCGAACUUGUGUGGCUAUCACCAGAAAUUAUUACACGGUCAUCACCAAUGGACGCGCGCAGUAACAAUAUUUACGCUUUUGGCGUCUUAGUAUGCGAAAUUCUGACGCGCGUAACACCAUAUCGAUCGCUUAUUGAAAAUUUGGGCAACACCAAGUCAGAUAUAGAACUCGUCGAACGAAUUCGCCGCCAGGAAGCGUUAAUACCUCAUGAGAAUCGACAAGAAUUUAUCACAGCACCAGCAAGUGUGCGGCAAAUGGUUGAGCAGUGCCUAUCCUAUGCACCUAUGAGCCGGCCGACAGCCAAAGACCUUGUGGAUGUUUUGCGCGAUGCCAAGGCAGAAUUAUCGACCAACAACAUUUGA